AUGAGCUUGAAAGAUUCAGUCGAUGUGGACGCUGGUGCCCGUGUCGGGCUGGAGAAGCUAGGCUACAAGCAGGAGAUGAAACGGUCUAGAGGACUGGUACACAUAUUGUUCACAUAUGGUCUUGCGGCUCCUAUCGCAACAUCGCUCGUUGGAGGUGGUCCAGCGGUAAUGAUAUGGGGAUGGAUUCUGGUGUCAAUCUUGACCCAAACACUGGCUCUUUCACUUGCAGAGAUAUGCUCCAAAUAUCCUACAUCAGCAGGGGCAUACUACUGGUGUUAUCGACUUGGAUCUCCACACACGCGAGUUCUUGCCUCUUGGAUCAAUGGCUGGUUGACAGUCGUUGGUGUUUGGACGAUUGCUCUGAGUGUCACAUUUGGAACUGCUCAACUUAUUGUGGCUGGUGCCGGAAUAUACCAUCCUGAAUGGACUGCAACAGCGUGGCAAACAUGCAAGGCUUCAUCUAUAGUCUAUCAAUAUGAUAUGAUUUUCCUCGGCGUGACCGCUGUUGCCUGUUUGUUCUGCCUGUUCUUCAACAAGCACCUGCCGGCCAUCGAUAUUAUUUGCGCUUGCUGGACUGGUUUAGGCAUCAUCGUAAUCUUGAUAUGUGUAUCCGUCAAGGCUGCGGCAGGACGCCAUUCUAUCUCUUUUGCGCUUGGACAUUUUGAUGCGUCUUAUUCAGGAUGGACGCCUGGGUGGUCUUUCUUUAUUGGUACAUUACCGCUGAACAACGUCCUAGCAUACACAUACUCUGCUAUAGGAAUGAUUACCAACAUGGCCGAAGAGGUUCACAACCCUUCUGAAAUACUCCCGAAGGCUAUCACCUGGUCCAUACCCAUUGGCACAUUAUCUGGCAUAGUAUUCCUUCUGCCAAUCCUUUUCACGCUCCCGGAUAUCGACACUUUGCUUCAAGUUUCUUCUGGUCAACCAAUUGGUGUAAUGUUUACUUUGAUCAUGGGCUCCAAGGCUGGUGGUUUCGGGCUGGUGAUAUUUGGUAUCGGUAUGUUUUGUGCGAUCUCCAUAUCUUGCGCCGCUUCUCGCGCAACAUGGGCGUUUGCACGCGAUAAAGCCAUCCCAUUUCAUCAGUUGUUCUCAAAGAUCAGUCCCUACCUCGACGAUGUCCCCGUCAAUGCCCUACUACUCUCCACCGUCAUCCAGAUUCUCCUUGGACUCAUCUACCUCGGCUCCACGGCGGCGUUCAACGCCUUUGUGGGCGUCGCUGUCAUGUGCCUCGGAGCAUCCUACGCCAUGCCCGUUGCGAUGUCGCUGAUGAACGCCCGGCGAGAUAUGCACGAUGCCCCAUUCAACCUUGGCAGGUUCGGUACCGCGAUCAAUGCAGUCGCAGUGCUGUGGAUCAUGUUCGCUAUGGUGCUAUUCUCAAUGCCUGCUGUCAUCCCAGUCACGAGGGUUUCGAUGAACUAUGCUUCGGUAGUGUUUGUGGGCUUUGGGGUGAUCAGUGCUGUGUGGUAUUUGAUCAAUGGCCGGUUUCACUAUACAGGGCCUCCCAUCCCGGAAGAGUCCGCGGCUUCCUCGGAAUCCAAUCGGUCGACCUCCCCACUUCAAGGAUGA